GAGAAAACCAUGCAUAAAAAGGAACUGCAUCUGAAAUUUUUCAUGUGUGUGAUUCAGUCUCGCCAGUUAGUCAGGACUCCUCAGACAAUAGCUGGGGACGCUUCAACUUCCAGCAUGCUCAUGCAAGAGCCACCACCGGAGACAGACGCCUUGAAGAAUCUAGAAACUACGGAUGAUCCAGACACCGUGGAAGGCAUACCUGUUUUUAAAAAUGAGUGGAUCAUGAACCAUGAAGAGCACCAUGCCGCCAAAACGCUGGGGGUCGGCAAAGCCAUCGCUGUGUUAACCUCCGGUGGCGAUGCCCAAGGCAUGAAUGCUGCUGUCAGGGCUGUGGUUCGAGUUGGCAUCUAUACUGGUGCCCGUGUCUUCUUUGUCCAUGAGGGUUAUCAGGGCCUGGUGGAUGGUGGAGAUAACAUCAAGGAAGCCACCUGGGAGAGCGUUUCGAUGAUGCUUCAGUUGGGAGGCACGGUGAUUGGAAGCGCCCGGUGCAAGGACUUUCGGGAACGAGAGGGCCGGCUCCGGGCCGCCCACAACCUGGUGAAGCGCGGGAUCACCAACCUGUGCGUCAUUGGGGGUGACGGCAGCCUCACCGGGGCCGACACCUUCCGCUCUGAGUGGAGUGACUUGUUGAGUGACCUCCAGAAAUCAGGUAAGAUCACAGUGGAGGAGGCUGCCAAGUCCAGCUACCUGAACAUUGUGGGUCUGGUUGGCUCAAUUGACAAUGACUUUUGCGGCACCGACAUGACCAUUGGCACUGACUCUGCCCUCCACCGGAUCAUAGAGAUUGUAGACGCCAUCACUACUACCGCUCAGAGCCACCAGAGGACGUUUGUGUUAGAAGUGAUGGGCCGGCACUGUGGAUACCUGGCCCUUGUCACCUCUCUCUCCUGUGGGGCCGACUGGGUUUUUAUUCCUGAGUGUCCACCGGAUGAUGACUGGGAGGAGCACCUGUGUCGCCGGCUCAGCGAGACGAGGAACCGCGGCUCUCGUCUCAACAUCAUCAUCGUGGCCGAGGGUGCGAUUGACAGGAAUGGGAAGUCAAUCUCCUCGGAAGACAUCAAAAAUCUGGUGGUGAAGCGUCUGGGAUAUGACACCCGGGUCACGGUCUUGGGGCAUGUGCAGCGGGGUGGGACACCGUCAGCCUUUGACAGAAUCCUGGGCAGCAGGAUGGGUGUGGAAGCAGUGAUGGCACUUUUGGAGGGGACCCCGGACACCCCAGCCUGUGUGGUGAGCCUCUCUGGUAACCAGGCUGUGCGCCUGCCCCUCAUGGAGUGUGUCCAGGUGACCAAAGACGUGACCAAGGCGAUGGAUGAGAGGAGAUUUGAUGAAGCCAUGAAGCUGAGAGGCCGGAGCUUCAUGAACAACUGGGAGGUAUACAAGCUUCUGGCUCAUGUCAGACCCCCAGUAUCUAAGAGUGGCUCAUACACAGUGGCCGUGAUGAACGUGGGGGCCCCGGCCGCAGGCAUGAACGCCGCCGUCCGCUCCACUGUGAGAAUCGGCCUCAUCCAGGGCAACCGAGUGCUGGUUGUGCACGACGGCUUCGAGGGCCUGGCCAAGGGUCAGAUUGAGGAGGCUGGCUGGAGCUAUGUAGGGGGCUGGACUGGCCAAGGCGGUUCUAGACUUGGGACUAAAAGGACUCUACCCAAGAAGAGCUUCGAACAGAUCAGUGCCAGCAUCACUAAGUUUAACAUUCAGGGCCUUGUCAUCAUCGGGGGCUUUGAGGCUUACACGGGGGGCCUGGAACUGAUGGAGGGCAGGAAGCAGUACGAUGAGCUCUGCAUCCCGUUUGUGGUCAUCCCUGCCACAGUCUCCAACAACGUGCCCGGCUCAGACUUCAGCGUGGGGGCUGACACGGCUCUCAACACCAUCUGCAUGACCUGUGACCGCAUCAAGCAGUCAGCGGCAGGCACCAAGCGCCGGGUGUUUAUCAUCGAAACUAUGGGCGGCUACUGUGGCUACCUGGCCACCAUGGCAGGCCUCGCGGCCGGGGCGGAUGCUGCCUAUAUUUUUGAGGAGCCCUUCACCAUUCGAGACCUGCAGGUGAAUGUGGAACAUCUGGUACAAAAGAUGAAAACAACUGUGAAGAGAGGAUUGGUGCUAAGGAACGAGAAGUGCAAUGAGAACUAUAGCACUGACUUCAUCUUCAACUUGUACUCUGAGGAGGGGAAGGGCAUCUUUGACAGCAGGAAGAAUGUGCUUGGCCACAUGCAGCAGGGUGGGAGCCCAACUCCAUUUGACAGGAAUUUUGCCACUAAGAUGGGUGCAAAGGCUAUGAACUGGAUGGCUGGGAAAAUCAAAGAGAGUUACCGUAAUGGGCGGAUCUUUGCCAAUACCCCAGACUCAGGCUGUGUUCUCGGGAUGCGUAAGAGGGCCCUGGUCUUUCAACCAGUGACUGAGCUGCAGGAACAGACGGAUUUUGAUCACCGUAUCCCCAAGGAACAGUGGUGGCUGAAGCUGAGGCCCAUCCUCAAAAUCCUAGCCAAGUAUGAGAUAGACUUGGAUACCUCUGAGCAUGCCCACCUGGAGCACAUCAGUCGGAAGCGGUCCGGAGAAGCUACCGUCUAAACCUCUUUGCAGUGAGAGAAACGGAUUGUCUGAUCAUGGUCAGCUUACCCUGACAGAACCAAGUCCAUGUAUUCUCAAGUGUUUCAGCUCAUUUUCCAUUAGGUUUCCUUUUAUUCCAUAACUGCAGCCAUGGUCGGCUCUGGCCAGGGAGCUGGGGCAGGGGCCAGUAAGUGGAAGCUCCUUGUAGGUAGAAUUUAUCCUGAUUUCUACCCUAGCUUCACGUGUCACACAAGGCUGGGCUCCUCUAGUGCUACUGCUCGAUUUCAGUUACUUGGUUAGAAUUUUCCUAAAAAUAAGCUUUAUUUCUUUGUGAUAACAAAGUCUUAGUUCCUCUACUACUUUCACGACAGUGACAAACCAUAACUACACUAAUAAAUGCCAACUGGUCACUG